AGGAGGAGUAUUUUGGUACAACAUCAUUGGACGCAAAAGAUAUGCACAGAAUUGCUACUAAUAUUUCCUUAAAGUUUACCACAUUAUAUUUUUCUGAAAACUGAAAAGGGUAUUAUUUUUUGUUCUCUAAUUAUCUCAUGUACUACAUGUUAUUUAACUCCGCGGUUUCGUAGGAGUAGUAUAACACAGGCAAAUGCAAGUACAAUCUAUAAUGCAUUAGGCGUUUCUAGCACGUCAUGCAAAUAGUACAGCAAUUAACUUUUUUUUCCCCCUUAGCAUUCGAUAACAUAAAAGAAGGAAAGGGCAAAAGGACUGAACCCAAGACCUAACAAAAAUAAAAAUUUCCCAAUCCCAAAGAUAAAUACUAGACAAUUCUCAUCUGUCCAAAGUUCCAAACUUUUCCUACUCCCAAACCUCUCAUCCUCAUUCUCUCUCAACACUACCACUUUUCACAACCCAAGAACCACCGUCGGCAGCCCUCACCGCCGGAGAUUAAGCCAUGACGGAGAAAGUGUGCAGCCACCAUAAGGGAAAGCAGAAGAGGUUCUUCCAACGCCUGUGUGCCAUACUUCUGGUAGUAGCUUUCAUACUGCUGUUGAUUUUCCUAAUCACCUGGGCAAUCCUGCAGCCCAAAAAGCCACGCUUCAUCCUCCAAGACGCCACCAUCUUCAACCUCACCGUUCCGGCGCCCAAUAUCCUCACCACCAACUUACAAGUCACCAUUUAUUCCCGCAACCCAAACAGCAAAGUCGGCAUUUACUACGACCAUCUCCAUGUCUACGCCACCUACCACAGCCAACAGAUCACUUAUUACACCCAGAUACCUUCCGUGUACCAAGGCCACAAAGAUGUCAAUAUUUGGUCUCCUUUUAUUUAUGGGACUAUGGUCCCAAUUGCGCCUUACAACGGAUUAGCUCUCACCCAGGCCCAAUCUAACGGCGGCGUUGAUUUGAAGAUCCGGCUGGACGGCCGGGUUAAGUGGAAAGUCGGCGCCGUCACCACCGGCCGUUACCACAUACAUGUCACCUGCCAGGCUUAUAUUCCGUUCGGUAAUCGGGGCACCGGAAUCGUCAUCGGCACCGGCGUUAAGUACCAGCUGUCUCAGAGUUGCAGUGUCAGCCUCUGACCGACCACCGACAAACCCGAAUUUCGUCACAGCUCAAGUUCAUUACUAAAACUAUAGUAUUUUUCUUCUAUUUGAGCUUUUCUAGUUUUCUUCUUCAACUUCUUUAUUUCUCUGGUUGGAAAAAAAAAGGGGGGGGAUUAUGUUCAUGGAGAUAUAAAUUUAUAGGGAUGGAUAUGAUUUGAAUUGUAAAUUUUGCUAAAUUAAAUAAGUUGAGAAAUGAAUGGAACUUGAGAACAACAAAUUGAUUAAUAAUUACAGCAAAAUUUCCAGAGUGGUGAAACGAGUUGCAAUUCUCUGGAUGUUACUAAAAUUAGUAAUUAGACUAUUAGUCACUCUGCUACACAGAUUGUGCAAUAAUUUGCAUUUUAGCUAAAGAGUAAGAAAAGUCAAAGCAGCUUUUGUUAUUUGUAUGGAGGAGGUUCACUUGUCUCUUUCACUCAUUUUAAAACUUUAUCAUCUGUUCUCAACUUCUUCUUUUUUUCUUUCUUUUUUUCCCCCUCUCUUUAGAGUUUGCUUAAUGUUUACUCCUCUGUUCUUCUGCAUCUUCUUCACACUGAUUACUACACUUAGGACUCCUUUUUUUUUUUAUUAAAUUAUGUUCGUAGUUUUUGAGAUUGAUCUUAGUUUGGACCUGAAGAUAUGGCUUUAAUAAUUUUUUUCCCCCUAAUUAAUGAUAGUUGAAAAUUCAUGAAUGGAUGUGAGCUGUUGAGUGUUUUAAUCAAAGGCGUAGAAUGGGGGCAUCCCAUGUGCUAUCUACUAGACCUUCAUUUGUUGUUUCAAUUAAUCUAUCUAUGUAUACUACUGCUAUCAGAGAGAGCAUAUCGUUUUUUGAUUACUUUUAGAAAGAAGUCACAGCAACAGAUUGGUUUGGUUGGCAAGUGUUCGUUUACGUUUAUGUGAAGAAAGUUGGGGUACCAAAUUAAUUGCCUGAUUGGAGUUCUCUUUUCUUUUUCGUUUUUUUCUUUAAUCAAAACAAUUGAUUGGAGUUUUCUACUAUACUACCAAAAGCUGGAAAGAUUAUAUUGGGAAAAAAAAUAAGAAAGUUUUAGUGCUAUAAAAAAGAAAAGUGCGCACUACUACUACUAAUAUAUGCAGAACUAAUAAUUAUAACAAUUCGUGGAGUUUUGUGCUAUAAAAAAUUUCCAGAUGGAAAGGAUGAUCAUCAUUUGAUCUAACAAACACCAAAAGCUGGGUAGAGAUGGGCGGAAAAAUUUGUAUCCCAAUCCCAAUGAAAAAGUAUCCCAUUUGGUGGAGCUCAUGGACACGUGUGAUUCUUAGUUUACUAACGGCGAAGGGAAACGUUGAACUGAACGAAAUAAACAAAUGUCAGAGAGGGAUGAGUACUAGUAGCUAGAAGCCUAGCAAUUUGGAAUAAUUGUAGUUGAACUUUACAAAACAGAAUUCCUACUCAGCAGUCUGCAUCACACCUUUGAUUGUUAGGCACCUCGCCUUUUAAGCUCCUUUUGUAGUAUAUUUUUUCCCACCUCAAAAUAAUAGUUCAGUCUAAAAUAAUAUUCUCUGUCCCAAAAAAAAAAAAAACUCAAACUUCAAACGGAUUAUUUUUUUUUGGAGAGAUAGAGUAGAAUUUUUUUAAUUUCAUCUAAUUCAAUUAAAGUGCAACUUAUUUUAUGUUUUACAUUUUUCAUUUAUAUCCUAUUCAAUAAUCCCUUUUUUAUCCUAUUAAAGCAGAACACAUGAAGCUUAUGUGGUAACUACGUAUGCAUCUGUUUUGGC